CUUCCCCCUCCCCCAUCCCAUCCCAACACUGUUCAGCCUGAAGGGAUCAGAGUCGACAAAACUGUGGCCGUUCACACACUGGAUCCAGAAAACCGGGGCCAAAACGGAGUGCAGCGAGAGGAGGUCCACGCCGCAGACCUCAGUGACCAGGUACCAGACACAGAUUCAGAGACCAGGAUCCUCCUGCAAGGGACCCCGGUGGCUCAGUUGACUGAGGAUGCCAUUGACGCGGAGCGACUGAAAAACCUCAUUGUGAUCCCCUCGGGCUGUGGGGAGCAGAACAUGAAAAGCAUUACGCCCACGGUCAUUGCCGUCCAUUACCUGGACCAAACGGAGCAGUGGGACAAGUUGGGACCCACAAAGCGAAAGGAAGCCUUGCAGCUCAUCGAAAAGGGGUACUCCCAGCAGCUGGCCUUCAGACAAGACAACUCGGCUUUUGCGGCCUUCCAGAACCGGAAAGCCAGCACCUGGCUGACAGCCUACGUGGUCAAGGUCUUCUCUCUGGCAGCCAAUCUCAUUGUCAUUCAGGCCGAUGUCAUCUGCGGAGCUGUCAGAUGGCUGAUCCUGCAGAGGCAGAAACCCAACGGGGUCUUCCAGGAAGAUUCGCCCGUAAUUGACCAAGAAAUGACUGGUGGCUACCAGGAGAAUAAGGAGAAGGAUGUGUCCCUCACAGCCUUUGUUCUCAUUGCAUUGGAAGAGGCUAAAGAUAUUUGCAAUGAUCAGUUCAACGUAAGUGUCCACCCACCUUCUCCUUCUCGCCUCCCUGCUCAGGGCACAUCACCUUGGUGGGUGGGCUGUUGCAUUCAGGUGAUUCCCAGUCCUCUCAGUGCAAUAGCAGCCACCACAGCAGCCAUAAUACCCAUAAAACCAUAAUAAUUCCCAGCAUUU